CGUAGUUCCCGCAUGGGGGUUCAGGGUUCGGGGCAUUGGAAUGAGUGCGGGAGGUAACGAUAGCGGGUGGGCAGGUGGAGAGUCCGCUACCCCUCCCUCGUGUAACGUCAGCUACCAUGAAUUGACCACGGUGAACAUGGACGAGGCUUGUGAUGAAACUAAUGCCGACCCUGACGGAGGGCGGGGAGCACAAGAGUCUUCGGAGAACAGAGACAGCCCCGGGGAAGAGGAGGAGGAGGAGGAGGAUGAGGAGGACGACGAGGAGGAUGAAGAGGAGGAGGAGGAGGAGGAGGAUGAAGAUGAAAGCGGCGACAGCGAGAGGGUGACUAGAAAGUGUGUGUAUGAGGGAUGUACCGAGACCACUACCCAAGUGGCUAAACCGAGGAAGCCCUGGAUGUGCAAGAAACACCGCAACAAAACUUAUAAAGACAAGUACAAGAAGAGGAAGAGUGUCCAGGCCUUGGCCAGCACAAACAAGAGUGAUGAUGACACAGAUGAAAGACCUGCUUCUGUUGCUAAACAGCGGCUAAGCUGUAUGAUUGUACAUCAAGCAAGUCGUAAAGCUAGUCUUCUUGAGCAGGUUUUAAAUCAAAAGAGAUUGUCAUUAUUGAGAAGUCCAGAAGUUAUCCAAUUUCUACAAGAACAGCAACGAUUGCUGAGUAACCGAGCCCUUGCCCAAAGGCAGCAGUUUCAAGAGCCAAUGUGAUACUUACUUUACAAAACAAAUCAAGUGAUAAAAGUUUAAAUAAUGGAAGGUAGGAAUGAAGCAAGUUUGGCAUUUUUUUUUGCAGAGCUUUUGCAUUUCCAGUGUUUUCACUCAACUGUAUAAACAAUCCCAUGCACUUGCUUUUUAAAAAAAAAGCAACAAGGGAAAUAGCUGCUACGCCAUAAAGUGCAUUGGAAUGUUCAACUUAAGGCACUGUAUCCAAUUCAAAAUUCGAUUAAUUUACAUUUUCACCAAUACCCUUUUCCUAGUGAAUGCUGUAGUCUUAUCAGAAGGAAUGGUGAUAGGAAAAUGGAAUAAUUCUCUCAGGCAGGAUGCUGCAUCAAUGUUGAGCCAUUUCUAGGUUAGGUUCAGAUUCACUGCAGUUAGAAAGCUCCCUUAACCUUGCACUGAUAUGUAACAUGUUUUAUUCUAAAUAUUAAUUGUUGUGCUGAAAGAUAUCUCAAGAUCUGCUGAUAAAGGGGGACCUUUUAAAAAAAAAUGCAUUAUCUUAAAUUGAAGAGACUAAGAUUGUUUUCGUGCAAUAAAGGAUCCCCUUUUCUAAAAGCACAAGAGAUUUUGCAGAUGCUGGAAAUGCAGAGUAACACUUACAGAAUGCUUGAGGAACUCAGCAGGUCAAGCAGCAUCUAUGGGAAGGAAUAAAUAGUGACAUUUUGGCUCAAGACCCCUUAUUUGGACUGUCAUGGACCCUGUUUUUAAAAUAGUUAUGAAAUUUGGCUUAGUUUAGGUUUGACAUCUUUGGAAAAUUUAGUUUCUGCUUUCAUACAACAGCCUUUUAACAUGGUAAUCAAGAAAUCAAUAUAGAUCACAGCUGUAGAGAUACAAUCAUGUUUUUCCCAUACUUCAAGCAUGGCGUUAAAUGUGAAAUUAAUGUGAUUUAAAAAGAUUUGAAUUUGUAGCUAUGUAUAUUACUGUUUUAAACUGUAAAACUUCAAUGCAAAAUUGGGUAAAAUUUGAGUAAAAUUGAAAUUUAUUUGUGGAUGUGUUAAAUCUUUUUUAACCAUAUUGUAAAAUACUGUAUUUAAAUAAAUCAUGACUUUGUAAUCUU